ACGGCUGCUCUCCGUUAACUCUAUACAUGGAGGUUAGCGGGCAGAACUUAAGCUGACUUUGGCCAUUUUAACAUGUUGACUUCAUGUCUGUUUGGGUAGAUGGUAUUCAGUAUGUAUAUGUGAGGGUUUUUCCAGACUCUGGACUGCAUAUCUCAGCGAUCCGGUCCUAGUUUAAGCCCCCGUUAGCCUGCGGAGGCUAACCCGGAGCUAGCGGAGCUAGCUGCCAGAUCACCACGCACACACGCAUCCCGGGACUUUUCCUCUGUUUUUAUUUUCCUCGCGGUGCCUCUGUCAGAAUAGGAAGUGAUGUUUAAAGUAACCCUGCAAGCGUUCGGUGUUUUGCUGACAGUCUGGUUCUUUGGGAACUUUGUUCUGGGUUGGUUUCAACAAAACAACGAAAGAGCCCAAACGCAGCACAGCGAGUCCAGCAAAGCUGCAGACAGCCAGGACCAGAGCUGUCUCUGCCAUCUCACAGGAGUCCUGGACGACUGCUUCUGUGAUGUCGAAAGCAUUGACGUCUUCAACAACUUCAAGCUUUUUCCUCCCAUCACGAAACUGACUGAGAGAGACUACUUCAGAUACUACAGGGUGAACCUGAAGCGACCGUGUCCUUUCUGGGCCGAUGAUGGACACUGCUCCAUUAAAGAUUGCCAUGUGGAACCCUGCCCAGAGAGUCAGGUCCCUGUUGGCAUCAAGUCUGGGAACUACAACAAGUACUCCCAGGCAGCCAACUCUGUGUCAGACAUGGUGGAGUGUGAACAGGCCAAAGAGCUGGGGGCCAUCAACAGCACCCUGAGUAACCAGAGUAAAGUGGCCUUCGCUGAUUGGGCGAGACACGACGACGCUCAGGAUCACUUCUGUGAGCUGGACGAUGAGACCUCUCCGGAUGCUGAGUACGUGGACUUGCUCCUGAACCCGGAGCGCUACACCGGCUAUAAGGGCCCGUCUGCCUGGAGAGUCUGGAACAGCAUCUACGAGGAAAACUGCUUCAAGCCGAGAUCAGUGUACCGACCUCUGAACCCUCUGGUUCCCGGCAGAGGGGACGAUGAUGGAGAAGGUUUCUACAACUGGCUAGAAGGUCUGUGUCUGGAGAAAAGAGUUUUCUACCGACUCAUCUCUGGCCUUCACAGCAGCAUCAACAUCCACCUGUGUGCCGAGUACCUGCAUGAUGAGGGCUGGGGCCGGACCAUGUGGGGUCCAAACAUCCAGGAGUUUCGUCAGCGCUUCGACACGGCAGAGACCAAAGGUGAAGGCACCCGGCGGCUGAAGAACCUCUACUUCCUGUAUCUGAUCGAGCUGCGGGCUCUCUCCAAGGUGGCGCCGUACUUCGAGCGGGCCUUUGUCAACCUGUACACCGGAAAUGCUCAGGAGGACGGAGACACCAAAGAACUGCUGCUGCAGAUCUUCAAGGUCAUCAAAGCUUUCCCGAUGCACUUUGAUGAGAAGUCCAUGUUUGCUGGAGACAAAAUUGAGGCUAAAACAUUAAAGGAGGAAUUCCGGCUCCAUUUUAAAAACAUCUCCAGGAUCAUGGAUUGUGUCGGCUGCAGUAAAUGUCGACUGUGGGGAAAAAUGCAGACCCAGGGUCUGGGUACGGCUCUGAAGAUCCUGUUCUCUGAGAAGGAGAUCAAGAACCUGCCGGAGAAGAGCCCGUCUCAAGGCUUUCAGCUCACCAGGCAGGAAAUCGUGGCUUUAAUAAACGGCUUUGGCAGGUUGUCCACCAGUAUAUAUCAGCUGCAUAAUUUCCGCCAGAUGAUGAAGGAGAAGAGGUAACACCAGAAGACGCUCCCGCUGUCCAGCAGGCAGCAGACCCCCAGAGAACUGCAACAGUCUAAAUUCCUGCCCUAGAAGGCUAUUAUGUGGACUCCAGGCUCAGCAGUGAGACCCACAACGCCCCCCCAGCCCAUUUUACUCCUAAUAUCCUGCGCCCCCCCCCAUUAACGCCCCCUCUGUGGUGGAUUAUGAAUGUUAAUUCUUCUGCCUCUAAUUGCCUUCACCAGAAAACCCUCAACGUUCUGAACACUUCUCCUGACAGGCUUUUCUCUGCUGUCAAGCUUUUUGAACAUUUAGGAACCCCCCCCCCCCCGACUCCCAUAUGUUUGGAUUAGUUUUUUUUCUUUCUUUCUUUCUUUUUUCUUUCUUUGUACUAGUAAACCAAAUUGAACCUUCUGGAAUGACAUGAGAGUCCGAAUGAAGGACUCAGUCGUGACAGACCAAGUUCAUGUAGAUGAAAGUGCAUCACACCCGCCACAGUGCAGCUGUUGUUUUAUUCCUUUCUUUUCAACCGUUUUUAGUUUCCAUUCACUCUUAUUUCCCUCACCGUCUCCUGUUAUAUUUGGAGUGGCUUGUUGCUCAGAAACUAAAGCGUCCAGCCUGCCACUGUUUAUUUCUCCUGCCUAAUGGAUGUCACGUCUGCAGGAGUGUGCAUGCUAGCGUGUGCUAGCACUUGUAGGCGGACCGGAGGAGAAGUCGGCACCGGCCACUUGUGAGUGUUGUGUUCACAGUUGAUGAGAGGUUUGGCAGUCAGCUUGCUGCGUAGCGAGUCAUUGCGCCACCACUGUGCCGCGCGGGUCAGUUGGUGAGGGAGCGGAGCAACGCCGCACCAACGCUGACUCUGCUGCCGCGCCGCUGCAGGGCAAAGCAAAGCUCUGCACGCGUUCUACAAACAUGGAGGCUUGUUUCUGCUGAAUCACUCACUAAUGUACGGAACAGUAUUACACUGCAAAAACUCAAAAUCGUAACAAGAAUAUUUGUCUUAUUUCUAGUUAAAAUGUCAAAUUUUUAGUCAAAAACUCUCAUUACACUUAAAACAAGACUCA